AUGGAUAAAAACUUUGCCCUUAUAUUUUUUACAUUAUUCUGGGUAGUGUUCGCCAUUAUCGGGUCGUGCAUUGGUGGCCUGUUUAGGGAACGAGCUGUUAUUAGGUGCUGCGUUAUAAUGACAGCAAUUUGCUGCUGGCUCGUCUGGAUUGUCACAUUCCUGAUGCAAAUGAAUCCGUUGCAGGGACCUAGAGCUGAUCAAAAGAUCAUCUUUGGAAUGAUGUGCUAUUGGAAGAACUCGUACAUCGAUGAUUCUGUAUUAUAAGUGCAAGAUAAUGAGCAAGAAGUAUAAGCCCUUAUGUCUCAAUGUAAUUUCUUAGUUCUUGUGUACUCCAAAUAGUUUAAAUGCACUUACGACACUUCUAAAUAA